CCAUUCUUUUUCCCUCCUCCAUACAACCACUUCCAGGCGCAUCUCAAGUCAACUCGGUCCGAGCUGUCCUCUCACUCACAGCCCAAUCAUUGCAAAACCAACCCUACACCCAGACCAGAACAACCCGAGCCGACCAGGAAGUCGAACUCAAAAAGUAAAAAGGCGCCAUCCGAGUCCCAAACCCCGCGGCAACCAGAAAACGCAACCCCGCCAAAAUGUCGACCCUAAUUGAAAUCCCCUCGGAGGAACAGUUCACCUCCCAUAUCACUAACCUACCCCCCGCAACCCUCCAAGUCCUCUACUUCCACGCCCCCUGGGCCGCCCCCUGCACGCAAAUGCGCGCCGUGCUCUCCGCCCUCGCAUCCCAAUACCCCCCCACAGCCCCGGUAACCUUCAUCAGCAUCAACGCCGAAGAACUCCCUGACAUCUCGGAAGACUACGACGUAACCGCUGUUCCCUUCGUCGUCCUCGUCCGCGACGGCAAAAUACUCGAAUCAAUCUCCGGCAGCGAAGCCACUCGCGUCCGGGAUGCCGUGGAACGCUGUGCCGGUGGUGCAGGCACAGCAACAAAGCCGACUAUCCCGCCGCCAUUGUCCGCUGUGCCGAGAGAGUCUGGGCCAGCGACGGCCACGCAGCCGCCCGUGAACGCGAACGGGGCGGGCCUGACGCCGGAGCAGUCGAAGGAGGCGCUGUUUGCGCGGUUGGCGGAUUUAGUGAAGGCGGCGCCGGUGAUGCUGUUUAUGAAGGGGACGCCGAGUGCGCCGCAGUGUGGGUUUAGUCGGCAGCUUGUGGGGAUUCUCCGCGAGCGGAGCGUGAAGUAUGGGUUCUUUAAUAUUUUGGCGGAUGAGGAUGUUAGGCAGGGGUUGAAGGAGUUUGCGGAGUGGCCUACUUUUCCGCAGUUGUGGGUUAAUGGGGAUUUGAUUGGGGGUUUGGAUAUUGUCAAGGAGGAGAUCAGCAACGAUCCUAACUUUCUUCUCGAGUUCUCUGUGAACAAGGCUCCUACUGCUGCUUAAACUUAUAGACAAGGGAAAUAUUGCAGCUCUUUUACCAUUAUAUUUUGUUGCCUACUUGCUUUGCAAUGAUUGAUUGUUAGAUUUUAGGACAGCGAUGCCAUGAUUCUCUUGUGCUCAUUUUUCCAGCUCGAGUUCGAUACAAUUUUUAAUUUUACUUGGUUCUUAACAAGUGGAUAAGAGGAGUAAAAAAAGUGGAUAUAUAUAUAUAUAAUC